GUCUAUAGAGCAACAUCCAUCAAAAGCAAAAAAUAUGGGAACUCGCAAAAAAGGAGUCGAAUUUGCCAAACAUAUCACCGAAAUUAUAGCCAAAUCAACGGGUUUUGAAAGUCACCUUCAAAAGGUCAAGAUUGUGGAUGGCGGCGAUGGAGCCUGCACAGCUGAACUGAAAGUGGACAAGGAUCAUGUGAAUGUGUACAAGUUUAUGCACGGUGGCUAUAUUAUGACUCUGGUGGACAUGAUUACCACCUACGCUUUAAUGUCGAAACCCUGUCAUCCCGGCGUUUCGGUGGAUCUUAGUGUAAACUUUUUAAAUGGAGCCAAACUGGGCGACGACGUGGUGAUUCAGGCCAAUCUUUCCAAGGUGGGCAAGUACCUGGCCUUCAUCGACUGCACUUUAAAGCACAAGAAGGACGACACGGUGAUAGCCAAGGGCACCCACCUGAAAUAUAUCAAAUUUGAAUAGACUGUAUAUUGCGAAGGAUUUUUAAUUACAAUUUUUGUAAUAUCGGGAGUUGCUUUAAUAAAGUGAUAUGGCAUUGGCAUAUUGUUAGAUUA